AUGGUCGGUUUCAAGAGUUUCCUGUCAGCUAAGUCAUUUCGCCGCAGCCACGAUGACGACCGCGCCAAAUCAGAGCUCAAAAACAGUAUGAGCAAAGACGUCGGUGGCAGCGCUGGCAUAAGCAGCAAUAGCAUUGCUCAGAAGUCGGACGACAAGCACAAGGAAUCUACACGUCUUAUUGCCGGCUUCCAGAAGGUCUUCGGCAAUCAUCGCCGUGGUGACCAUGUCUCUCUCAUGCCUUCUGCGCCGGCUACACCCACUUCCACUCCCAAGAGGCUCUAUCGAUUCCAGUCGCCUAAGCAAAACAAGCAAACAUCUUCCACCCCAUCAUCGCUUUCGACGGCAGAUAACACAACGCGGGAGUCCGAUGCUACUAUGCUAUCACAUGUAGUCCUUACAAGCACCCCACCCACGAGCCCAUUGACGCCACUUGGAAGCGCGCAUUCCGCGACGUCAGCCCCCAACAAUAAUCACACCGACGUUGCACACGUCACACCGCUUGCAAAGUUCUCGAUCAACACCGCGAGGCCUAUCACCCAAAUCUCAGUGGAAAGUGAUCUCAGAUCCGACAACGAAAAGUAUAGCGAUGAUGGCCCUGUACUUCGGACGACCUCCCACCCUGCCACCGUCGACGAUACCAACGCGGCCAUAGAGGGCAUGCGCGUGGCAGAACAGCUGCUGAAUCAGCGCCAUGCUACUAUCAAACCACAGGCGAAUACAAGUAAGCGCGUAAAGCCUUUGGAUACCGUCGGCAAGAAUGUGGGAUCCAGAGACAGUCAUGGCAUAGCUCUUCUACCGAGCAGUCUUUCUGCGCUCAAUCACCGCCAGACCCAUCUAAGAACCGCAAAUCAGGCUAUCGAAGCCGCAAGACGGCGCCAGGCUGUCAGAUAUCUCGCUUUCUACGCAGCAGACGGCUGUCCGACUAACAUCGACAUUAUCGAUCGAAUCAAUGCCCACUUCCAUCUCGAGGCCCGUCACAUCGAUGGUGAGAUACCCAACGCUACCUUCGAUGUCAAUGGCGUACUCAUCCGCGCUAGCCAGAUGCCAAAAGGUUCUGUUGAGCGUAAUUGGAUCAUACGCUACAACGCUGUAGUCAACAACGCCGAGCUUGUCGAACGCCGACUUAUGAACAGCGAAGAUCACGAGAUGAUUGUCGCUCAGCUCUUCCCUGAGAAGCGUGGUCACAUACUAAACCCAGAGCACUUCGAGAUCUUCAUGACUGGCCUUGGUGAAGAGGGUAUUCUCACAAAAGCGCAGGCCAAGUCCAUUGCCAUCGUCGCCGUCAGCAAAGAGGAGUUCGACAAAGGUAUACACUACGUCGAAGCGACUGGCAGCAAACACGCUCAUCGUCGCAACACCACCGCAGCAGCCAUGUUCGACAUUCCUCAGCGCGCCAGCCGAAGUACUGCAUCCUUCUCAUCUCGUCCAGCCAACGGUCAGAACCAACACGAGCUGUACUUCUAUCUCCGCAUUCUAGUCGAAGCCGCAGUCUACGGCCAAAAGUUCUGGAAAGGCUACUUCUUUCCCAACGCACGUAACAAGCUCAAGAACUUCUACGACGCUCACAAGCUUUCGCAGGAGGGCUGGCUUCUUCCUCCUCAUCUAACCGACUACAAGCGUGACUGGACACACCGUGAGGUGCGGCUCCUACAGCGUGCUCAUCUCAUCUGUGACCUGCUCAAGCAGUACGAAGUGGGCGAAGUAACAGACUUCGGUAUCAUCCGCGCUAUUCGCGCGACCUUCGUCGGCAUUCCAGCUCAACCUUCAUGGUGUCCUGAAGAUCUGGAAUCAUUCCUUUACCACCGCAUCGCCGAUUCCGGUCUUACCGUCUCCAAAAUCCCCGAGAUCCUUGUUCUGCAUCCAGAACACGACAUGGUCUUUGCCAACUACCGUCUUCGUCAGCACGUCAUCAGUGGACUUCGAGAGCGCGCUGAUCAGUUUGAGAAGGAGGAGGUGGCGCGGCUGAAGGAGAUUGACAAGAGUUAUAUGACUUUUGAGGAGGCGAGGAAGAAGGAGAUGACGAGAUGGGAGAGGAUGAAGAAGGGCUUGAAGAAGGUGUUUGGGAAGAAGGAGGUUGUUGUUCUUUUUGAUCCUUUCGCGCCUGAGCACGGGUUGGAAGAGCAGAGAGAGGAGACGGUAUAAGGGUGCUUACGCAUCUAUCUCUAUCUUCCAAGGACGCUACAGCAGUUUGCGAGUACACAUUAGCUGGAUCUGAGCCAGCUCAACUUUAAUCCGUACUUUCUGGAGCUAAUUCCAGGGCGAGUGCGGCUACAUCUUGGUAGAUGCGAAAUCACGCUGGGUUCAUGCUCCUUCGAACAGCGCGUGUACAGAAGACCUCUGCCACAUAAAGCUCUUGAUGAACUAGUCAGCUCCAUGUUUCUUACAGAACCGCCGUGCAAAGCUUUGGGUAUCUAUCUGCCAUGUCGAAGCGCAUUAGACCUCAGAUUGGUUGCCAAAAUUCGCCAUGCUGAAGGUAUCCGGGUUGGUCAAAUUUUAC